UCAUGAUUGCACAUUUAAGAGCCUUCUGUCUUUUUCCCCUUCUCCUAGCCAGCUUUGUGCAAACAGAUUCCAAUCAGGAGAAGAUGAAGAUGGAUUGUUACAAAGAUGUGAAAGGCACCAUCUAUGACUAUGGGGCCCACACUCUUAAUGGAAAGGAACACAUUUCGUUCAAGAAGUAUGUGGGCAAGCAUGUCCUCUUUGUCAACGUGGCCACCUACUGUGGUCUGACAGUUCAAUAUCCUGAACUAAAUGCUCUUCAGGAGGAGCUGAAGCCCUUCGGCCUAGUUGUGCUGGGCUUUCCUUGCAACCAAUUUGGAAAGCAAGAACCAGGAGAGAACACAGAGAUUCUUCCUGGGCUCAAGUAUGUCCGUCCAGGGGGAGGAUUUGUUCCUAAUUUCCAGCUUUUUGAGAAAGGGAAUGUGAAUGGUGAGAAAGAACAGAAAGUCUUCACCUUCUUGAAGCAUUCCUGUCCUCACCCCUCUGAGAUUUUGGGCUCAUUCACAUAUAUUUCCUGGGAACCCAUAAAAGUUCAUGACAUUCGUUGGAACUUUGAAAAGUUUUUGGUGGGGCCUGAUGGAGUCCCUGUCAUGCGCUGGUCCCACUGGACUGCAGUAAGCAUAGUCAAAUCAGAUAUCCUGGAGUACCUGAAGCAAUUCAAAACUACAUAG